GCCGCCGCCCAAUUUCUCCGAUCCCACGACGCUAAUUUCAGCAGCCGGCCGCCCAACUCCGGCGCCGAGCACAUCGCAUACAACUACCAGGAUCUCGCGUUCGCGCCCUACGGUGCGCGGUGGCGCAUGCUGAGGCGUCUGUGCGCCGUGCAUCUGUUUUCGGCUAAAGUGAUGGAGGAUUUUCGGCACGUGCGGGGAGGGGAGGUGGAGAGACUCGUGCGGGGGAUAGCCGAGAAGGGAGGAGGGGCAGUGGGUGUCGGCGCGGCGGUGAACGCUUGUGCGACUGAUGCGCUGACACGUGUGGUGGUGGGGCGGCGGGUGUUUGGUGAUGGAAAGGAGGAGAAGGAAGGGGCGGAGGAGUUUAAGGAGAUGGUGGUGGAGCUUAUGCAGCUCGCCGGUGUUUUCAAUAUAGGGGAUUUUGUGCCCUGCUUGGCUUGGCUUGAUUUACAGGGGGUGGUGAGGAAGAUGAAGAAGUUGCAUGGAAGAUUUGAUAAAUUUUUCGAUGGAAUAAUUGCAGAGCACAGAGAAGCAAUAGAGAACGGCGAAGUCAAUGGUGGAGGCAGUGAUAUGCUUAGCAUACUCAUCAGGAUGAAAGAAGAAGGUGAUGGGGAAGGAUUCAAGCUUACAGAUACAGACAUCAAGGCUCUCCUACUGAAUCUAUUCGCAGCAGGAACGGACACCACAUCAAGCACAGUAGAAUGGGCUUUAGCCGAGCUAAUAAGACACCCAAAGAUCCUAAAAAGAGCCCAAAACGAGCUCGACUCAGUCAUCGGACUCAACCGACUCGCCACCGAGUCGGACCUCCCCCACCUCCCUUACCUCCAAUCGAUUGUCAAGGAAACCUUCCGCCUACAUCCCUCAACCCCCCUCUCUCUUCCACGUGUCGCUUCAACCGACUGCGAGAUCGAUAACUACCUCAUUCCGAAGGGCUCCACUCUUCUCGUCAAUAUUUGGGCCAUUGGGCGGGACGAAUCCACGUGGGCCGAUGGGCCGUUGGAGUUCAAGCCCGAGAGGUUUCUACCCGGCGGGCUUCAUGAGGGAGUCGAUGUUAAGGGGAAUGAUUUUGGGCUGAUACCGUUCGGGGCUGGGAGGAGAAUUUGUGUGGGAUUGAGUUUGGGGCUGAGAAUGGUGCAGUUCAUGACGGCGACGUUGGUUCAUGCUUUUGAUUGGGAUUUGGUUGAUGGACUGAGUGGGGAGAAGCUGGAUAUGGAAGAGGCGUAUGGGCUCACUCUUCGUCGUGCCGUGCCGCUUGUGGCUAGGCCCACGGUUAGGCUGGCCCUAAGCGCUUAUCACAAUGAUGUUUAGGCCCUUUUUUUUUUUUUGCCUUAGACCUUCUUUUUGGUUCUUGCUAGUGAGCAAUUAAGUCAGCUUGAUGUCAUAAAUUUAUGCAAUGGGUGAAUAUUACUAGGAUAAAUAAAU